UAUUUAUUUAACUAUCAAUCUUAACAUUCGCCUGCAAAAACAAAUGCAAAGCAACAACACGACUACGGGAUAGAAGUGCGAUAUGAAGCAAUUAGCCAAAGAUGGAAAAUGCAUAAAAAGCGUAAAAUGCAGUCAACCUAAUGUCGUCUAAUGCAAUGUGCGCAUAAGUAUAAACGCAGCGGGCGGAGAAAGCAGAAAUAUCGCAGUCCCAAAUUUGCUCGUGUGUGUAUGCGCGUGUGUGUGUAUGUGGUUACGUGCGUGUGUGUAUGUGCCUAUUAGUCAAACUUAGUUUCAUCCGUUUUGGCACGUUUGGCUGAAAAAUUUUAAUUCUGCUGUUUUAUAUUUUGAUUCAAAUCGGGCAUAUUUUAAAUUAAUGUAGUACAUUUCGGACACAUCGCAAAAUUAGCAAAAUUUGCUGACCACGCACACCUGCGACAAAAACGUUGGGCAAUAAAUUUAGGACCGAAAGUGACGCAAAAUCCAAACGCCAAGUGUAAGUGGAAGGCUUUCGCCUCGCGCUAAAAGCAACAACAACACCAACAGCCACAAGAUCGAGAAUAAUCAUUGCAAUAACAACAACGAAUCAGCUGUCAAACCGCUUCAAGAUGGCCAUACCGCCACCACCGGGUCCUCCGCCACCGCCAGGACCGCCACCGCCACCGGGCUUGAGCGGCCUCAAGCUAGGUGGUGGAGGAGGAGGAGGAGGAGGAGCGGAUCCACGGUCAGCUCUACUCAACUCCAUACAGAAGGGCACCAAGCUGCGCAAGACGACAACUGUGGACAAGAGUGGGCCAGCUCUGUCGGGGCGUGUCUGUGAUGGCGAUGCUGGAGCUGCACCGAAACGCAGCCUCAACAACAACAACAACAACAACAACAGCAUGAGCAGCAACAACAACAACAUGGGCAAUGGAGCACCCAAAUUGGGUGGCCUCUUCGAAGGCCUCUCACAGAUGCCAAAGCUGAAGCCAGUGAAUGGUGUCCGUGCGGCACCAGCUCCAGCGCCAGCGCCAGCAGCGGCAGCGGCAGCGGCGUCACCAGCAACACGCAGCAAUAGCCCCCCCACAGCCGCAGCAGCCAACAAUGGACCCAUGGACUUUAAUACGGAGCUCACCAAGCAUUUAACAUUGAAGCGUCAAAAGCAACAACAACAGCAACAACCACAGUCGAGCAACAGCAACAGCAACAACAGCACACAUAUCAAUGCAACCGAAGCAAAUCUGAGAACAAAUCGCGGACCACCACCGCAGCCGCCAAAGAACUCCAGCGAAUCCAUAUUGGAACGCAUGAACAUACCUCGCACAGCAGCUGCAACGCCCACAGCGACAUCAUCAUCGACGUCGGCGUCGCCGUCGUCGUCAGCGAGUGCCAAUGGCAAGGUAAAAGCCGCAUCGCCCACGCUCUCGGAGAGCGGCAGCAACAGCAGCGGCAGCGUGAAGAGCAAAGCGGCUAAUCUUAGUAUCUCGUUAGGCAAUAGUUUUGUAAAUAGUUCAAUUACAAAAACAACAACAACAAGCGCAACAACAACCGCCGCAACAGCAACAAACUCAAAUCGAACAACGUCGUCAACAACAACGGGAUCGGGAACGGGAACGGGAACGGGAGCGGGAGCAGGAGGCGGUCUGCGCAAUUUGGCGCCAAAUAAGUCAACGCUGUUCGGUGGUGCUUGUGGCACUGGUAGUUUUGUUAGCAGUGGUAGUGGUGGUGGUGGUGUUAGUAAUAAUUCGCCAGCGUCCACGCGCACACCACCCAUAGCGCAACAGCAACAGAAGCCAGCAAUUGGCUUUGGCAAGCCAAAUUUUGCGCCAAAGCCGCCGGGGCUGCAGCAGCUGGCGUUAGCCAAUGGGCAUCAGCGUCCAGCGGUGGCACGACAUCACAGCAUGAAGUCACCCAGAUCCCCACCGGCUGCUGGAGGCAUUAAUGGACCCGUUUUCUCAACGCAACAGCAUUUUGGCACAAUGCGCGCUCCGCUUCAGCAGACGCUGCUGCUGCAGUCCAGCGAAGGCAUCAGUGGCAGCACCAAUAGUAUCACGGGCAGCAUUCGCACUGCGCCCAAUCCGCCAAAGACACGUCCCUCGGUGAAGCCACCGCCGCCGCCGACUCCAUCGCGCAGCAUUUCGAACAGCAACCUGAGCAGCAUUGCGGCGCCGUUCAGUGCUGUGAAUACGGCGCUGGUGCAGAGUGCGACUAUUACGACGCCGGCGCCAUCACCGCCACCGUUGCAGCAGCCGCCCUCCAGUUCGAGCAGCUGCAGCAGCGUAGCCGCUCUGCGCGACCAAUUUCGCAUCAAUGGCAGCGGAACGCCGCCAACUCCGCCCAGCGGCAUCACAGCCAGUCCAAAGUCGUCGACAAUGCGUGAGAAGGUCAAUCCCAUUAUACUCAAUGGUGGCCCCAUCAAUCCGCCAGCACUGCCACCCCAUCGCAGCUGCCCGCCGCCCCCGCCACCGAUGCGACAGUCGAGCAACGGUGGAGCACAGCAACAGCAACAGCAGCAGGCACCAGUGCCGCCCCAACGCCAUUCAUCUAUACGGGCCAAUGCCCCGCUAACGCCGCCCACGCACAUGGCCAAUGCGACGCACAAUUUUGGCAGCAACGGUGGUCUGGCAACCGGAGCAGCAGCUGGAGCUGGAGCUGGAACUGGAACUGGAGCUGGAGUGGGAGGGAGUGCAUCAGUUGGUCGACUUGUCAUCGAUUUGGAGGCAAAGUUUGGCAAGAGAUUUCAUAAUGUUACCGAGUUCCCGAAACCGCCUCCGUUUCUAAAUAUACAAAAAGUCUAUCCUAGUCGCUCGCUUAAGGCAACCAAUGAAGCCGCUUUGGCGCCCAACAGCAAUAACAACAAUAAUAAUAACAACAACAACAACAGUACCGCUGCAUGCAACAACAAUGCAAAACCCACAACGGGACUGAAGCCCGCCUAUGCGCCUCUCAAAAAACAUCGCGCUCCCGCACCACCUCCACAGGCAGGCGUGGCCGCCGCUACAGUGUCUGUGAUAAGACAAUCCAGUUUUCUAUAUGGCGGCAAUGGCGCAGCAGGCGGCGGCGUCGGCGUCAGCAGCGCUACAAGUACUGUCAAUGUGCGGCCAAAAUCACAGCCGGCGUCCAGUGUGCCGCGCAAUUCAACGGUUUAUUAAUUGUAAACAUAACUGUAAAUUUCUAUCCCUGUUUAAGCUUUGUAUAUAUGUAUACGUAUUUAUGUGCGUGUGUAAGUGUAAGCGUGCAAGUCCUUACUGUUGUUAUUGUAUCGAGAUUGUAUAUGCGUGAGUGCGAUUCGGUGUGCGUGUGUGUGUAUGUGUGCAAAUGCAAAUGUGACAAGUGUCCCUGUAAAGUGUAUAAAAUAGAAACAGAACAAUAAUGACAUAAAACAAAUGCA